CACCAGGACAUAACAUAAAGACAUCACCAGGACACGACAGUAGACAUCCCCAGGACACGACAGAAGUCAUCCCCAGGACACGACAGUAGACAUCACCAGGACACAACAGAUAGACAUCACCAAGACUCCGAGAUAGACAUCACCAGGACACAACAGAUAGACAUCACCAAUACUCAGAGAUAGACAUCGCUAGGAGAAAAUGUAGCCACACCACGACGCUUUCUCGUUGUAGACAAAGAACUGGAUACACUUAUAAACUCAGUGUAAAUGAUGUUGCUAUGGAAACUAGGCAUUACUAUGGAAAUCUAAUUAAUUUGCUUCGGACGAUAAUGGUUUGGGUUUCAGAACGACUGAUGAUUGCUGCAAAUUACCAUUUCGUGUAUAUGGUUUAAAAACAAUAGAGCACGUAUUCAAAGUCGGGAACUAAAACCGAUUUCUUGUAUUCUCGGUCAGGUCAUUUUAAUCCUCUGUAUUUUUAACAGGGUUGACCUAGUGUAAUUUUAUACAUGUGUAACUGUGUUUGUGAGUGUGAUUGUGCAUUUUACUUGAACGCCUGGCACACAAGCCUAUCUGUAUCAUGGGAGACUAUCAUCAUAGCAAUUGGAUUUAUAUUUUUACUUUAAAUGGUUGAAAUAGAAUAUCGACUCUAAUUCACUCCUUGAUGGUCACCUGUUGAGCAUUGAAAAAGACACACAUUAGGAAAAUGAGUCAAGUUGUGGAACAUCUUGUGCAUACAAAGCGACUGAAUGAUGAGGCGAAUCGCCAAAGGGGGCAGGAAGAGGAUAAGAAGGACCUCCCACCUGUGUUCAACAAACGCUUGUUUGCAACCCAAGGCAACGUUAUCAUUACAAGAGAGGCACAAAGGGUGAUGAUUCGUAACGCGAAGGCUGUCGAGGAGGGCGUAGACCGGAAGUUGACAAAGUCAGAACUGCUCUCAAUGAGGACAGUGGUGGACGGUCUGAAACUUAUACACAAAGGUCAGGAUUACAUCAAAGACGCCCUAAGUCACGUGGUGACUAGGGAAGACUACAAAGAAUUUGAAUAUGUGGUUAAGAAACCAUGGGAGGAUAGGUUAUCGUGCUAUUAUAUUGUGCAUGGUGCCGUUGAGGUCACGUACGAUAUGAGCUCAACAGAAUCCAGAAACGUUUAUCAACCUAACAUUAUCUACAGUCAUGGCACGGGGGAAUAUCUGGGUAUGGCUAAUGCUGAGAGCAGGGAUGAAGAUAUAUCGCCACCGGCUACUGUCUUCACUAAAGAGAGGUCAGAAGUUCUUAGAAUAGACCGUGAACGGUUUCACACCAUCGUAGAAAAAACGACAGAUGUGCUUAACAAUGAAAUUAGGACAUAUUUCAAUUAUGGUGAAAGUGUAUUCAAGGAGAUGCCCAACAGUUCCAAAGAGAAGAUAUUUCCACUCAUAGAAAAACAGGAAUAUCCUCCAAAUAAAGUCAUCAUCGAGCAAGGAGAGAUCGGCGACUUCCUGUUUAUCAUCAAAUCUGGUCGAUGUCAGUGUGAGAGGAAUGUGUACAUCACAGAGUCAGAUAUAACGGCGCUGUUCUACCUGUCCUGUCGGGAACCAGAUGACUUCUUCGGCGAGGAAUGCCUGUUAGAUAUGGAGCCAAGUUAUGCCAGAAUAACAACAACGAGUUUGACAGUGUGUUACAAGAUCCCGAGAGUAGCGUUCCAGGUCCUCAGCAAGGACAUCCUGGUACGGUUUGUAGAGGAACACAGACACGACUUCCCGCCGGAACACUCUCUGAUGGAUCGUGGAUAUCGGAACACUCUAUGGAACAACUACAAAUUCUACAGGAUCAAAGAGACACUCAAGGAAAAUGGAAAGCUCCACUAUAUGUGUACGUCAAAUGGAUGCGAUGUUAAUUCUAGGCCCCCUACUGCAAGUGACCAGUACAAAGAGAACAUGUACAGAUUUAUAAUGAAAGGAGCACAGUAUACGCCAUUCCGUGUCAAAUCGGCCGUUUACCCCAGCCGACAAACAAGUCCGUCAAACAAUCAUCGUCGUCGGCCAGCCACGGCAAUGGAGAGAACGACGAGACCCGAUCAUGAUGACGCCGACGAUGACUCUAACGACGACGCAGAAGAUGACGCAGAUAUAAAUGAUGAUAAUGACAACGAUGGUGCAAUAUUAGAGCCAGAGAAAGAUGACAAUGGAAAUCAAAGAUCUGACAGCAAGCUUCUUGGAGCGGAACUGGCACGAACGCUAGAAAAACACUACUCAAAGGUUAACGUCAAGAAAAUUCGAAAUGUACUGAAGGGUAUCGAUGACAAAGAGGCUCUUCUGGAUCUUUUGGACGAAACUAGUGAACUGAGCAAGCAUCUAAAGAAAGCAUGGGAGACUACAGAUGUACCCGCAGAGGAAAAAGAGGGGUUCAUGAAAAAUGGCGUUCUUGUGACAAUGAAGUCUGAUGACAUCGUACGAAAGGCAAUGGCGAUGGCAGAUAAACAGGUUCACCAGAGAGGCAAGGGCAACAAACAAGAGGAGGAUUGGGACACAAUACUGCAAGCUGAGAACAACCAGGCCAAAUUCAUGAUGUCGGCCAACAAAAUGAGAAUCAACCUCCUACGAGACAAACUUAUGGCCAUUGAUAAAAAGAGGAAGAAAACCAUCCAACAGCGGAACAGAAGUGGAAGCAAGGUAGAAUACAAGUACACCCCUAGUAAGUUCUUACAGGACACUGGUGAAGAAGAAGCUACGGAGACUCCACGUCCGUCCAUUACGAACACACCGGCAUCAGCUCGAUCUCCAAUCAUAGAAAAGACUCCGCUGACACUUCGACAGAGAUCCCUAGAGGAUUGUACUAAGCGGAUCCAGGAGGCAGGAAAUACUGACCAGGAUGUCUCCAGUGAAAAGUGUGCAAUACAGACCAGACCCAGCAGUGCAAUAGUGACAAGGCGAGAAGCCAAGCUCCGCCGUCGACGUCACUUCGGCUCUCAAGGUUCUACAGAAACUCUACUCAGGAAAUCGAACCAAAGCCUUGGACACAAUCAGAACUCCAUCAUAUAUCGAAUAUGAUAUACAUUCAUACAUUUACAGCAUACACAUUUUGCAGAGGUACUAUUUUGCUGUAUCCCGUGAAUAAAUUGUCCGUAUGAUGCCAUUAGUUGAGAGAACUGAUUUCGAGAGCUUUUAUCUCACUGGAUUGAUCCCAGGAACAAAAUUUUGAAAGUAAUUCACUCGUUUCAAUGUAUACAGUAUAGUGCUACUUUGGUGCAAAUAUAAUCUUUACAUUUCUCAUUGUUAAGUUUUGUUGUAUUGUAUAUUACAUAUAUCCUGAUUAACUUGUAGAUUGCGAACUGAUAACUAUGUAUAAAUCACAAGAUGUCAGUUUGGACUGUAGUGAUCAAUAUAAUGACAAAAAUGUAUCCAAGGUGUCAUGAUUCUUCUGGGGAGAAUAUGUCCGAAGUUCUGUUUCAUCCGACCAACGCUUCGAGGUCAUAGUGGUAUAAUCGAAAUAAAACAUUGGUUGAAUCAUUACUCUUACUUUCAUUCAUCAUUGAAAACAUACGUAGGUUCAAGAUAAAAUGUCUAAAAAACGACCUGUGAUUCAGGUCGCUUUUCCAACUUACACUAGCACUAUUGCAUGAACAAGACACUACACGGGACAAAUUAAAUAGGAAAGUCCGCGAUUUUAAAUGUCAUGUUCUAAAAUAUGAUGUUGUAUUUUUUUUAUCUAAAAGCAAUUGAAGCCUCGGUGCACUCACUGACAACACUCCUCGUCGCAUACAUCAGAUGUUUCUUAGUCUACAUAUGAAAAUAAUCAGCCCCUAUCUGAUUUUACGAACGUCGAACAUUCGUCCAUGACCAAGUUUGUCUUAACUCCAUUGUCUCCAUGCCAGACAUUAAAUAAUUUGGAAUCGAUCAUAUUUCCAUAAUUAUCAAAAUUAAAACCAAAUAUUUGUAUGUUCCUGUAUUAAAAAUGAUAACCUUUCGAUAAUAUUUACAAAAAAUACUCAUACAAUUGUUCUACUAAACAUAUUAAAAAAAUCAUAUUGAAAUGUCAACUCAUCUAUUAUUACUGAAAAAUCGAUGAAGUUGAUAUAAACUUUAUCUAGAAAAAAAACGUUUAGUCAUUGGGCAGCAUAACGUCUCUCAACUCAGUCAUUGGGCAGCAUAACAACUCUUAACUCUAUAAAAUAUUCAAGUGUGAAUGACAGCACCUAUUGCGUGUAAAAUGAGUAUCCAUGCACAUAUAACUAUGUUGUAGAUUAGCAUCUGUGUCUAUGGCCGAGUUCAGUAUCGAUGUUUAACGUAUGUUUGUGAUUGGUUCUACCAUUAGAAUUUACAGCAUAACAAUGACAUUAGACUUUAAGAUUAGCACUUCUGUUUAAGGAAUGUCUUGUAAACUGUGUUUUAAUUUUGUUCAUGUCGAAUUGUUGACCGAUAUAUUUGUUCAUUUAUGUAUUUCCAUUUUGUGAUAUUCUUGUUGAUUUCAGUAAAAACAUAACAUAAAA